CAUCAUCAUCAUCAUCAUCAUCAUUAUUAUUAUUAUUAUUAUUUCAAUCUUAUUACAUAUAGUAUCCAUGUAUGUGAUAUUCUUCAUAUUCUAUAGUUUGAUUAUCAUUCCUAUAAAUCAAUGUAUUGAUUAUGAAAAAAUACAAAAAAAUAUCAGAAAUUUCAAUCAUUAUUAUUAUCCUCAUCAUGAUGAUUAUGUGAUCCAUUCAAAAGAUUCAUGUUAUCAAAUUCAAUUCAAUAAUAAUAAGAUUAAAGAAUUAAUUAAACAAUCCGAUGUAAUUAUAGCGGGACGUUUAACAUAUCAUGAUACAUAUGAGAAAUAUAAACAAAUUCAUUCAUUAUAUCCUAAUCAUAUAAUGACUACUACUACUACUAGUACUACUACUACUACCAAUACUACUACUGAUACUACUACUAAUAAUAAUAGUAAUAUCUACUUCAAUAUAACUGUACUAGUUAAAACUAUUUAUAAAGCUAAUUAUCCGAUUGGGAAUGAAGUUAUUAUUGGUCCAGUAUAUAUAUUAGAUAAUCAUCAUCAUGGAAAUGGUAUAGGAUGUUUACCAGUAUUCUAUUCUAAUGCCAAAUAUAUAUUUUUUCUAAAGAACAAUAGUAAACUAUUGAAUUAUUAUGAACCUAUUAGUGGAAUAGCAGAAUAUACUGAAUAUAUGGAAAAGAAAAUUUAUGCAUAUUAUUGUCAAAAUUGUGUAAAACCUACAAUUGAAUCUAUUCCUCAUCAAGUGUUAGAAUAUGGUCAAUCAUUAACAACUAACUGUAUAGCGACUGGUAUACCAACACCAACUAUUAUGUGGAUAAGAGAUGGGAAAUCAAUUAAUCUAGCUGAUAAAGGUUUAACAGUUGAAACAUUUGAACGUUCACCAGGAUAUGUGGAAUCUAUAUUGGAAAUAAACAAUUUAAUUCUAAUUGAUACCGGUGAAUAUUGGUGUUAUGCUGAAAAUGCAUUAGGAUUAGCCAAGGAGAAGUUUAUUUUAAAAGUUCAACAAAAUAAUAGAACAGACGAAAAAUUAAUGGUUGAUGAAUUAAUACCUUGUUCAGAUGAAGAUAAAGAAUACUGUCUCAAUGGUGGUCUAUGUUAUAUGUAUAAAAAUGAAAGAGUAUCAUUUCAAUGCAGGUGUCUCGAUUAUUAUUUCGGUGAUCGAUGUCAUUUUCAUGCCGAUGGACUAUAUGCUUUUUCUGAAUCUCGUGGAAAUGAUCUACAAUCUAUGUUGCAUGCAUUAACUACAACACUUACAUUACGUGGUGUAUUUUUCACAUUAUUUGGUGCAUUAAUGAGUGUUUUAACAUUUUAUGGAAUAUGGAAAUGUCAACAAAAAAGCAUGCAUCGAAGACACUUAAGAAGACGAAACAAAUCUUUAUUUAAACAUGAUUCACAAACGAAAACUUCUCAUUCUGUCAAUCAUUCAAAUCAUGAAAAUAGAAUAUAUAAUACAGUAAAAGAGAAUACAGCGCCAAUUUCAAUUAAUGAUUAUUAUAAAAGAGAUCAAAAUAUUGAACAUAUUCCUAUUCCAGAAAAUUAUUAUGGACAAACUGGUAAUAGUUAUAUAUUGCCAACUUCACAUUUAGCUAAUAAUGGUUGUUAUGAGAAUCGUUCACCAAAUUUUACUCAUGAUGUCAUGAUUGAUUUAAAAUCUCCAUUAGCAACAAAUCAUGUGAAUCCACAACAAUUACAUGAUCAUUCAAGAAACGCAAUCCAGUUCGGUUAUCGACCAUCAUCCUCUUUAGAUCAAUGUAAUGAAUCAGCCCAUAAACCUGAGAAUGGAUUAACUUUACACAAUAGACCUUUCGGGACAGAUUGGUCAACACGAAGGAUUAUAUCACAAAAACCUGGAUCUAUACGAGAUCGACUACCAGUGCUAGCAGAAGGAUCAAAUUUAGAUUUGAAUAUUGAUAGAUAUCCGAAUUACACAGAUCCUAUCGACAGAAUGAAUAGAUUUGAUCAAGACAGAGAUAUAUCAUUAAACAUGAUUUCAUCUUCUUCUUCAUUUAUACAAACUAAUACUUGA